AUGGCGCUUCCCAUUCGGUUCACUGAACUGGUUCAGUUGACGAAUCUUGAUAUCGCGACACUAGAAUCCGAUCACUACGUCUGCGUACGGCAGAAACUUAAUGAGCAGGACAAACCUCAAGUCAUAAUUGUAAACCUCAAGAACAACAAUGAAGUCAUCAAACGCGCUAUCAGCGCUGACAGCGCCAUCAUGCACUUCAGUCGCGAGAUCCUGGCCCUCAAGGCGCAGGGGAGAACAAUUCAAGUCUUCGACCUCGCAGCCAAAUCCAAGCUGAAAUCUACAAUCAUGAAUGAGGAUGUUGUCUUCUGGAAGUGGUACAACGAACGCAGUCUGGGAUUGGUUACCGACACCUCCGUCUACCACUGGGACGUGUUCGACCCUACCCAGUCCGCCCCAGUGAAGAUGUUUGAGCGAAAUGCCAACCUAAAUGGAUGCCAAAUCAUCAAUUAUCGCGUCAAUGAUGAUGAACAAUGGAUGGUGAUAGUUGGUAUUUCUCAAAAGGAGGGACGAGUCGCUGGUACGAUGCAGCUGUACUCGCGUAAUCGUGGAAUAUCACAACCUAUCGAGGGUCAUGCUGCUGCCUUCGGCACGUUCCAUGCAGAGGGCAAUCCUGCUCCUUACAAACUUUUCACGUUUGCGGUUCGAAAUGCCGCCGGUCAAGGAAAGCUUCAUGUUGUGGAGAUUGAUCAUAACGAGAACAAUGCACGGUGGGUCAAGAAGGCAGUCGAUGUCUACUUCCCCGACGAGGCUGUCAAUGACUUCCCUGUUGCCAUGCAAAUCUCCAAAAAGUACAGCAUAAUCUACAUGAUCACCAAGUACGGCUUCAUUCACCUAUAUGAUCUCGAAACAGCCACCUGCAUCUUCAUGAAUCGUAUUUCUAGCGAGACAAUCUUCAUCACGACGCCCGACUCUGAGUCCGCCGGUAUUGUCGGAAUCAACCGAAAAGGCCAGGUCCUCUCAGUCAGUGUUGAUGAGAACACGAUCAUCCCCUACCUGCUCCAAAACCCUGCCAAUGCCACCCUGGCUGUGAAAUUGGCUGCCAGAGCCGGCCUGCCAGGUGCCGACAACCUCUAUCAACAGCAGUUUGAAACCCUCUUUGCUCAGGGUAACUACUCAGAGGCUGCCGAAGUCGCCGCGAACUCUCCACGAGGAUUUUUGAGGACACCGGAGACGAUCAACCGAUUCAAGAGCGCACCUCAACAAGCUGGUCAACUUUCUGUCAUUCUGCAGUAUUUCGGCAAACUCCUCGACAAGGGCAAACUGAACAAAUACGAGAGUGUAGAGCUGAUAAAGCCGGUUCUUGCACAAAAUCGUAAGAACCUCCUUGACAAGUGGAUGAGUGAAGGCAAAUUAGAGUCGUCUGAAGAGCUUGGUGAUAUUGUCCGCUUACACGAUCUUGAACUUGCACUGAAGAUCUACCGCGAGUCAAAUGUUCCACCAAAAGUUGUCGCAGCGUUGGCGGAAACUGGCCGUUUUGAGGAAAUUCUUCCCUAUGCGCGCGAGGUUGGAUAUCAGCCAGACUUCACCAGCUUGCUGCAACACAUUGUUCGCGCAAACCCCGAGAAAGGCGCUGAGUUCGCUACUCAGCUCGCCAAUAACGAGGGUGGUCCAUUGGUGGAUAUUGACAGAGUUGUCGAUAUUUUCAUGUCUCAGAAUAUGGUCCAGCAAGCAACUGCAUUCCUGCUCGAUGCACUCAAGGAAAACCGUCCCGAACAAGGCCACUUGCAGACUCGACUCUUGGAAAUGAAUCUCCUGAACGCACCACAAGUUGCAGAUGCCAUUCUUGGGAACGAGAUGUUUUCCUACUACGAUAAACCCAGAAUUGCACGACUUUGCGAACAGGCUGGUCUUUUGCAACGUGCCCUUGAAAAUACAGAAGAUCCGGCUUCUAUCAAGCGAAUCAUUGUUCAGACCGACAAGCUCAACCCUGAAUGGCUUCAACAGUACUUUGGCCGCAUGUCUGUCGAGCAGUCGCUGGAUUCCAUGGAUGAGAUGCUCAAGGUCAACAUUCGGCAGAACUUGGCUGCUGUGAUCCAGAUCGCCACUAAGUUCUCUGACCUCCUGGGACCCAGUCGCUUGAUUGCACUAUUCGAAAAGCAUCGCACCGCAGAAGGUCUCUACUAUUACCUUGGCAGCAUUGUCAAUCUCAGCGAUGAUGGAGAAGUGGUUUUCAAGUACCUCGAGGCGGCUGUUACUAUGGGACAAUUCCAGGAAGUCGAGAGAAUCUGUCGCGAGAACAAUCACUAUAACCCCGAACGUGUCAAGAACUUCCUCAUCGAAGCUCGUCUGGCCGAGCAGCUUCCCUUGAUCAUUGUCUGUGAUCGUUUCAACUUUGUCAAAGAUCUGGUCAACUAUCUCUACCGGAAUCAGCAAUACAAAUCCAUCGAAGUGUACGUUCAACGAGUCAAUCCUGCACGAACACCAGCAGUUGUCGGAGCAUUGCUUGCUCUAGAUUGUGAAGAAUCAGUCAUCAAGAACCUGUUGGCAUCAGUCGAUCCUUCGGCUGUCCCUAUCGACGAGUUGGUCAAUGAAGUCGAGACUCAGAAUCGUCUCAAGAUUCUGCUCCCUUUCCUUGAAUCCACACUGGCAGCAGGGAUCCAGCAACCGGCGCUUUAUAACGCGCUAGCGAAGAUUUACAUUGAUAGCAACAAUAAUCCCGAGAAAUUCCUGAAGGAGAAUGACUUGUACGACACUCUGAUAGUGGGUAAAUACUGUGAGAAACGAGAUCCCAACCUUGCAUAUAUCGCGUAUCGCAAGGGCCAGAAUGAUAUUGAGCUCAUCAACAUCACCAACGAAAACUCCAUGUUCCGAGCACAAGCACGUUAUCUUCUGGAGCGUGCCGAUCCUGAAGUCUGGGGUUUCGUGCUGGCCCAGAACAACACCCACCGGAGAUCUCUCAUCGACCAGGUUAUCGCGACAGCAGUCCCAGAGAGCUCUGAACCCGACAAGGUAUCUGUUGCUGUCAAAGCCUUCUUGGAUGCCGACCUGCCAGCCGAACUCAUUGAAUUACUCGAGAAGAUCAUCCUUGAGCCGUCACCUUUCAGCGAGAACAGUAGUCUACAGAACUUACUGAUGCUCACUGCUGCUAAAGCGGACAAGAGCCGCCUCAUGGACUACAUCCAGCGCCUGAAUGAGUUCAACACGGAAGAAAUUGCCAACAUGUGUAUCCAGCAAGGUCUCUAUGAGGAAGCUUUGGAGAUAUACGUCAAGACCAAUGACCACAUCUCCGCGGCCAAUGUUCUUGUCGAUCACAUCGUCAGCAUUGAUCGUGCCCAAGAAUAUGCUGAAAAGGUUGAUUUGCCUGAGGUCUGGAGCAAGGUUGCAAAGGCCGAACUCGAUGGAUUGAGAGUCUCCGAUGCCAUCGAAUCAUACAUCAAAGCUCAAGACCCUAGCAAUUACAACGAAGUCAUCGAGACAGCCACUCAUGCCGGCAAAGAUGAAGAUCUCGUCAAAUAUCUGAAAAUGGCGCGCAAGACCAUGCGUGAGCCGGCCAUCGAUACUGCGCUGGCAUUUUGCUAUGCUCGACUCGACCAGCUACCGGAGCUUGAAGACUUUUUGCGCUCUGCCAAUGUGGCUGAUGUAGAGGCUUCUGGAGACAAGGCGUAUGAAGAGGGCUACCACCAAGCCGCGAAGAUCUUCUUUACCAGCGUUUCCAACUGGGCAAAACUCGCCACCACCCUUGUGCACUUGGGCGAAUACCAAAAUGCGGUUGAUUGCGCCCGACGCGCGAACAGUGUGAAGGUAUGGAAACAAGUGAACGAGGCAUGCGUUGCCAAGAAGGAAUUCCGUCUUGCACAGAUCUGUGGUUUGAAUCUCAUUGUCCAUGCGGAAGAACUGCAAGAUCUUGUCAAACAAUACGAGCGCGAAGGCUACUUUGAAGAGCUCAUUUCCUUGUUGGAAGCCGGCCUUGGCCUUGAACGGGCACAUAUGGGUAUGUUUACUGAGCUUGGUAUCGCUCUGUCGAAGUAUCAUCCCGAUCGGGUGAUGGAACAUCUCAAGCUCUUCUGGUCUCGCAUCAAUAUCCCCAAGAUGAUUCGAGCCUGCGAAGAGGCGCAUCUUUGGCCCGAGCUGAUCUUCUUGUACUGCCACUAUGACGAAUGGGACAACGCUGCAUUGGCCAUGAUGGAACGUGCUGCCGACGCCUGGGAGCACCACUCUUUCAAGGACAUCAUUGUCAAAGUGGCCAAUCUGGAGAUCUACUACCGCGCGCUGAAUCAUUACCUGCAGGAGCAGCCGCUGUUGUUGACCGACCUGCUCCAAGCUCUGACACCACGCAUCGACGUCAACCGAGUGGUGCGUAUGUUUGAGAAGUCGGAUAACAUCCCCAUUAUCAAACCCUUCUUGCUCAAUGUACAAGGCCAAAACAAGCGCGUCGUCAACAAUGCUAUCCAUGAUCUUCUCAUCGAGGAAGAGGACUACAAGACCUUGAAAGACUCGGUCGAGAAUUAUGACAACUAUGACGCGGUGGAGCUUGCCCAACGCCUUGAGAAGCACGACUUGGUCUUCUUCCGACAGAUUGCAGCGCAAAUCUACCGCAAGAACAAGCGAUGGGAGAAAUCAAUUGCACUGUCCAAGCAAGACAAACUAUUCCGCGAUGCGAUCGAGACAGCAGCGAUUUCUGGCAAGCCCGAGGUUGUCGAAGACCUUUUGAGAUACUUUGUCGAUAUUGGCAGCCGCGAGUGUUACGUGGGUAUGCUAUACGCGUGUUAUGAUCUGAUCCCACUCCACACAGUGAUGGAGAUCUCAUGGCGGCAUGGACUCAACGAUUUCACUAUGCCAUUUAUGAUUAGCUACAUGAGCCAACAGGCGGCGACCAUUGAGCAGUUGCGGAAAGACAAUGAAGAACGCAAGGCCCGGGAAGCCAGCCAGCAGAAGACGGACGACAAUACACCGAUCAUCGGCACUCGUCUCAUGCUGACGCAAGGGCCCGCGACCGUUGCACCGCAACCUACUGGGUAUGGCCACACUAAUGGCAUCACGCCGCAGCCAACCGGGUUCCCUCGGGCAUUCUAG